AUGGGAGACACUCCGCUGGCGUCGUUGUCUCUGACUCAUGUUCACUACAACCCCGAGGACCAACUGUCCUUUGCCUCAGCAUGGCUGGCCCUGAUCCCACAGGCACUAUGCGUUUCCUAUGCAACCUUGAUCUGGUCAACAAGGGAGGUGGAAGUCAUCUUGAUGUUUGUAGGACAGCUGGGCUGUGAGGCCGUAAACUUUGUCCUCAAACGUUUGAUCAAGGAAGAGCGACCGAAGGAAAUGUUCGGCAAGGGAUAUGGAAUGCCAUCUUCACACGCCCAAUUCAUGACCUUCUUCUCCGUCUACCUCACCUUCUUCCUUCUCUUCCGUCACAGCCAAGCUUCCGCCAGCUCCUACCCCAAUGUCGCCGUCCUCCUACGAGUCCUGGUCAUGCUGGCCCUUUGCAUUGGAGCUGCUGGUGUCGCUGCCAGUCGGGUCUACCUCAACUACCACACCCCGAGACAAGUCCUUGCCGGCUGUGCCGCUGGAUUCGUAUGCGCUUCUGGCUGGUUCGUGGUCACCAGCCUGCUCCGAAGCUCUGGUUUGGUUGAAUGGGCCAUGGAGACCACUGUAUCUCGGUUGGUCAGAAUCCGUGAUCUGGUCGUAAGUGAAGACCUGGCUGAGGCUGGCUGGCAACGUUGGGAGUCUCAGAGAUUGAAGCGUCGCGGUCUUAGUAAGAAGUCGGAGAACACAACAAUUCAACAAGUCAAGUCCCCAAUGAUGGACGUGCCUUCAGAUCCACCCGAAGCCACUAUGCAGGAGCAUCAUAUUGUCAAGGCAGAUGAGGUCGACCAAACAGGGACUGAUAUUUCGCCAGUUUCAGACGAUCAACUCAUGGAGGAGGUGGCUGAGGGGCUCCGCCAGGAACAGGCCGAACAGGCCGCGCCCGCUCCUGAGACGGCGCCCUCUGCGCCCGAAAAAUCCAUGAAACGACCGGAGCUUCGUCGCGAAGGCUCUGCUCCACCUCCUCCAAUGCAGCCGCCCCCUCCAGCUCCCGUCCAGGAGAAUACGGACCGUGGUGCAAGCUCUCUGAGCUUAUCGGAGUUGCGGAAGCUGGUGGGCGAAAUGCCCAAGAUCGAGCAACCAGCCUAUGCUUUUGAAUAUGCCGAUGCCCAAUCUUUUCCCGAUGAGCUCGAUGAGUGGUUCCAGUAUAAUGCCUUUGAUCGUGUCAUGUUGAUGGGCACGAAGGCGACUUUUAACAAGAAAUGGCUCACAUUUUACCAGCGACGCCAGCGAGACACGCCCGGGGUGUCGUGGCUUGACGCAUCCAAGGAUUUACGUCGCUCGUUUGUUGCUCGAAUGCUUGAGGACCUGCAGCUUACUGAAGCCCCCGCGCGAUUGGAAGCCCUUGAAACCAUUUGCUAUGUUGUCACCGGUGUAUGGGGUCUCAGUGGUGGGAGAGUGGCGCCCGACUACCCUUCAGAUGGAAAUUCAGAGUCAGCAGCUGAAACGCCACUGCUCAAGUCAAUGCAGAUUCAAUGCAUCGAGGAGAAUGUUUCCCUUCUCCAGGAAUGCUCGGGCGUUACCGCUUUGAUACAAUACAUGUGCCGGCUUUUUGAUAAGACCCGCUCAGCAUUCGGGUCGGACUCCAGUGACAUCGAUUACGAGCGAAUUAACCCUGGCGAUAUUGCAGCACCUGAGCGCGAGGCCAACCUGGUCCUUACAAGUUUAUAUUUUGCUGUGGAAGUGGGUCGCAGGCAACAGGCGCGUGACCCUCAGUGCAGCUCAAUCCGCGAUGCACUGACCAGCUCAAAUCCUAGCUUGCUGGUCUCCAUUGUUGAAAUCAUCGCUCGGCUACGCUGGGACGAAUCUGCCAAUAUCCCGCUGACCAGGAUCCUUCUGUUGUUGUGGAAAUCGCUGCUUCUCGUCUUUGGCGGGACUGAUGAUUUGAAGCGCGCAAAGGAGGUACUAGAGCCUGCAGUUUCCUCUGAGGAGGAUGAUUCCAAACGCAGGACACCAUUCCUACAUGCCUCCCCUCUGGACUACCAUCUCUUCCGCCAGGAAAUCACUUCCAAAUACCCAGCUUACAACCCUCCGCCACUUGUCGUUCCACUGGAAUUGGAAAACAACUCAAUUCUACCCCCUCUUCCACACAAUGCAGCCAAGAUGAACUCGUCCAGUGGUAUUUUUUGUGGUGUUGCCCCCUCGAUAUCCGGUGGAAAUGGGUCUAUUCUUCAACAGGCCGUUCAUAUUGCAACCCCAGCGCCAUCCCCACCACCAUCCCCCGCCGGCCCAGGAGGGAAAGCUGGGAAGAAACAGAAUUAUCAGACCAACCAGAAUUUCCCCUUCAUGUACCCUCCCCUAGACGAUUCCAGCAACCGCAUUGGCGGAAAGGGCACAACAGAACUCCAGGAUACCUUGGUAGGAAAGAGAUGGGAAGGUAGCGAUGUCCCUGCGUCAAUUAUCGAGGCCGGAAAGCUCUUUUCGACCCAUGUGAAAAUGACCCGUGCGAUGCGACAGCUCUGGCAGGAGCGUGAACACUUUAUGCAGUACGACCGUGGCUGGAACUCUGAGGACGCUGCUCAUUUCCCCGACAACAUCUCGGAUGAUCUACCGGAUGAUUUUGAACAUCUAGAUUUGUCGGGUGACGAGGAGAAGGCCGAACCUAAACCAAAACCAGUGGAGAAAGAGACGGAUGAUCCUGAUAUCCAGCGGCGUCUGGAUGCGGUUGACUCGUUUUAUACCAAUACUCUAUCGCACCUUCAGUCCAUCACCAUCGUAUUCUUGAAAAUCAUCCUGACAAAUGUCAGCGCAGUGGUCAACCAGGCUGCUAGCCAGACUACACAGGGCAUGAGUCAUUCCAUCAAUGGCUCCUCUCAGAACCUCCUUUCUGAUGCAUCCAUCGAUGAGCUAGACAACAUUCGACUUCGCGAAAUCACCGGGAAAGCCGUAUCUGGAACUCUAUUGCUUCUCCUGAAGUGGUUUAAGCGAUCUCAUAUUUUAAAAUUUGAAUACAUGACACAGCUGUUGCUCGACUCCAACUACAUCCCUUUGAUCCUCAAAAUGUUUGCACACCAAGAUGUUGAUCAAACGGUGGCACACAAGAAUGACCGCGAGGACUUAUCCUUCUUCCACUUCUGUCAAAGCAACACGGACUUCCCCCAAGAAACCGAAGAUGACUCCUGCGGCGACACUGAAAGCGAAGACGAAGCCAUGCCACCCCCAAUCGCCCGGCACCGCUCCGACCCAACAGCAAACGGCAGUAUGCCAGGUCUCUCCGAAGAAGAAUCCCUAGCGGACAUCCUCAACGGACCGGCACGCCCAGAAGUGGACGAACUAGGCUACCCAACCGCUCCCCUCCCCAAAGAACCAAUCAAAGUAUUCUCCUUCCGAAGCUUCUUCUCCGCCAUCAACUACCUACACGUCAUGCAAAAGAUCACGCGCAACAAAGCACACCGCUGCCUUCUACUAGUGCAGUACAAAUCAAGCAACAUCCUCCGCAAGGGUCUCAAGAUCCCAGAUCCACACCUCCGCUUCUACACCCUCAAACUCUUCAAAUCCCAAGUCCCCUACUGCGGUCGCAAAUGGCGCCAGAGUAACAUGCGCGUCAUCACCGCUAUCUACCUGUACUGCCGCCCCGAGCUGCGCGACGACUGGCUCGCUGGCUCUGACGUCGAUGCUGAGGUUGAAGAGGCGUUGCCGUUAGAACAGGCGCUUCGCGGUCUUACGCACUGGUGGCAUCUGCGCCAGUACAAGGAUGUCAUGGGUGGUGAUGAGGGUGCCUCUAUGAUGGAGGAAGAGCGUGAUUUCUUUGUUCGUGAACUUGAGUCUAUGGGCUGGGGUGCUGCUGAGGAGAUCCUCGGUGGGGCUUGCGAGGAGGAGGUCACUGCUCCUGCGACACAGGGCAAUGAAUGGGAGGGUGUGCCGCUGCCUAUGGAGGGGUGGUCGUGA